UGCUUCAUUUUAAUAGAAGUACAGUCCACUGGUGUAAAGAAAGCUGUAACAUAUGCUGGUCUGGUUUAUUAUGAGGAAGAUGGCGUAGAGGAUCUGGUGACAUUCACUGCAGCUAAGAAUUUGGAAGCACUCGUUAAUUAUAUUGAACAGAAACACUCUCAAGCUAAAGAUGGACCAGAUAUUUCCUUUAGUUUCAAGCUCCCUUAUGAUUAUAUUGAAUUAAACUUGACUGCCCAACAGGAUGAACCAUUCAAUGGAUGGAUACUUAGACCUCACACUAAACCCACCAGAUUAUAUCAAGAGGCCAUUGAUAAAUUUGGUGAUAAAGAGCAUUCUCGUCCUUCAUGUUGUCUCAUAUCAGUUUACGGAUCACCUGAUGCUGUCCCUUUUCUUAAUUACUUCAUACCACUGGAAGGUGUGGCUCGUCCAGUUUCAUUAAACAUUCAUAGAGCACGAAGAAAUUUCACUGUUACUGUUCCUCCUUCAACAAAUCCUACUACCUCCUCCUCAUCUAAUGUACAUGAAUCAACUGCAUUAUCCACCGGAGGAGCUAUUGCUCCUAGCAGUAGUGGCAAUGAUGAAACUAUUCCAGUACCAACUAAAAGAAGAAGAGAAGGAAGUUUUGAUAUUAAAACAGCUAAAAAAAAGAUCAAACAAGUUAUGGUUGAGAAUAACACUGAUUUUGCUGGACUCCUCCAGUUUUCUCUGGUCCAUGUUGCUAACAAACUAUUCGAGGUUCAUAUGAUUCCUCCUGAGGUUCAACAGUCACCAACUUAUGAUGCCAUAGCUACAUGUUUUCUAUCUAUGAUGAAUAUAUUGGACUCUAAGUCUGAUCUUGAGGAACAUUGUAUGACAUUUUUAGAGGCUCUGUCUAGUGUUGGGGGACCAAUAGAACGUGUCGCUAAACGCUUGCAGGAAAAAUGGACAGCAGCUCUGCAGGAGGGUACACUUCAGUUUGAACAGUCUGUGAAAAGAGUUAGAACUAAUGAUGAAUGAUGCUGCACUUAAAUAAUUUAAAUUUUUAGCUAAUGUUAUUUUCUAUUUUAAAAUGUUGUAUUUAUGUAAUGUUCCACUGUUCUGGUUCUUUCCUUUCACAUUUUUGAAAUACUAAUUUAAAA